ACUGUGCGACAGAGCGCAGAGGCGUGAUCACCACCGUGCCUGAACAUCUGAGCCCAGAUCAGAUCAGAACAGAUCACAUCACAUCAGAUCACACCAGAACAGAUUCAUGCAGCCGGAACAUGCUGCUGCUCCAGCCGACUUACUGACGCUUCAAUCCCCGUUCAGACGGCUUCGCGGCGGGCUUUCACAUUCAGAGCGUCCGGCGGGAGAAAACCGGUUAAACUCGACUUGUUUGAUUGCCUGCUGGAUUUGCAGUAGCAGCUAUGGGCAGUAAGACUCUACCAGCCCCCGUCCCUCUUCACCCAUCCCUUCAGCUGGCCAACUGCUCCCUCAUCCAGAGCUCCUCAGGUCUCCAGCUGCCAGCUGACCAUUUUCAGAGCAUCUACAGCUUCAGUGCUCUUCACGCCAUCCAUCUUCACCAGUGGACCCUUGGCUAUCAACCUCUGGCUUUUCCCCGCUGCACAUUCUCCAAGCUGCCUCCUCAGUUCUCCUCCAUCCCCAUAUUCCCCCACCUUCUGCAGCCGAAGCUGGACACAGCAGGGUUGCUGCAAGGCACCAAGAGCAAACCGCGCUUUGACUUUGCCAACCUGGCGGCUGCAGCAACACAGGAGGAUCAUCUGAAGGCUGAGGACCUGAGCAUGAUGGGUGCUGCUGCUGCUGCAGCCGCUACAGCGCAGGUUUCAUCUCAACACCAGACCUCAGCUAGCCUGGGAUGCCUGUUGGAUGUGACCAAACUGGCCUCACCGGAGCGUAAGUCCAGCCGAGGCCGACUGCCCUCUAAGACUAAGAAGGAAUUUGUCUGCAAGUUUUGUGGCCGACAUUUUACGAAAUCCUACAACCUUUUGAUCCACGAGAGGACGCACACAGACGAGAGACCAUACACCUGCGACAUCUGCCACAAGGCCUUCAGAAGACAGGACCACCUCAGGGACCACAGAUACAUUCAUUCCAAAGAAAAGCCCUUCAAAUGUCAGGAGUGCGGAAAGGGAUUCUGUCAGUCCAGGACGUUGGCUGUCCACAAAACAUUACACAUGCAGGUCAAGGAACUAAAGCCGGCCAAGAUGAAGUGAUUCAUUGCAGCAGCAGCAGCAACAGCAAAAGGGACCGGGAACACUGGAAAAACAACAAGACCAAAGAAAAGACAAAACCCAAAGAUACUUUUUUUUCCUUUUUUCAUCUCAGCCAAUGGAGGCGCAGCUUUCUGUGUGAACAUUCCUCAAGGAAGAAAUAUUCCAGCAGCCGAUUUUCCUUAGAAAUAAUACAGAAAUAUGCCUUAAUAAAGGCUGGGUGUCGGAUUGUCAGAGUUCAAUUUGGCAGCGAACUCAGUGGAUGUGUGGAAUGUGAAAUGGACCUCAAAAUAAAAGAACCUCCUGAGGCAUCUCAGCACAAAUAUUUCAAUUCAAAGCUUUUAACCUAAAGAGGGAUUCUGCAUGUAUGCAAAAUAGGUUUCUAGAAGCCAUGUUAGCGACACACAAAUAUCACGAUCCAAUGUUAUUUUUGUACAGAUGCAUUAUAUCAAAUUGUAUUUUUGCACUUUAACCUGAUUAUUGAUUAUUGACAUAUAUCACUGGAUUUCCUAAACUUAUUUUUUAAAUAAAUAAUCAUUUCUAAAUAAAAUAUUUUACUGUA